CAAAUUUUGCUCCAACACCCCUUCAAAGUCUUCCUCUCCUCACCCAUUUUCUCCAUUUUUUUUUCCAUUUUUUUUCCGUUUACUUAUCUCUCCUCGAGAAAAAUACAGGAACAAGCAUGAUCAAGAACCGAACUCAGCCAAUUACAUUGAAAAGCAAGAAUUUCAAAAACUAUUCUCAAUCAUGUUGUAGAAAUUGAUGGCAUUGAGAAAUGGGGAGUUACAAUUAUUACAAAGUGCUGGGGUGUUUUAACAGGAAGUUCAAGAUCAGCGAGACAGGGCCACCGCCGGACGUUAGGGAUGCAUUUUCCUUAUACGCAGAAAAAGGGACACACAUGACUGCAGAUCAAUUGGCUCGUUUUUUGGUGGAGUACCAGGGUGAGAAAGGCUGCACCAUUAAUGAUGCUCAACAAAUUAUACAGCAAGUUUUCAAUCGCCGCCAUCAUCUCACAAAGUAUACUCGCCAUGCAUCUUCUCUUGAACUUGAAGAUUUCUUUUAUUAUUUAUUCCAGGAUGAUCUCAAUGGUCCCAUCAUAUCUCAGGUACAUCAUGAUAUGAAUGCUCCGUUGCAACAUUAUUUCAUUUAUACAGGUCACAACUCCUACCUAACAGGAAACCAACUAAGCAGCGAUUGUAGUGAAAUUCCAAUCAUCAGAGCACUGGAAAGAGGAGUGCGAGGAAUAGAACUAGAUUUAUGGCCGAAUUCAGCAAAAGAUAAUGUGCAUGUUCUUCAUGGAAGGACCCUGACCACGCCCGUGACGCUCCUUACAUGCUUAAAGUCCAUACGGGACCAUGCAUUUAUUAAAUCUCCUUACCCUGUCAUAAUUACAUUAGAAGACCACUUGACCCCAGACCUUCAAGCUAAAGUUGCAGAGAUGGUUAUCCAAGUCUUUGGGGAGACGCUGUAUUAUCCUCAGUCAGAAUGCUUAGAGGAAUUUCCUUCACCUGAAGAGCUUAAGCAUCGGAUUAUUCUUUCUACCAAACCACCGAAAGAGUAUCUUGAGUCGAAGCAUCAAAGAGACAGAGAAAGUGCAUCUCCUGUGAAGAAAGAUUCAGUUGAAGGGGACAUUUUGAUCAAGGAAACUUCAGAAGUUACAACAGAAGGUCAUGAAGCUGAUGAUAGGAGUCCGACUGAUCAAUAUGAUGGAGACGGUGAUACCUCCAACUACCAAUCAUCCCAGCAGGGAGCACCUCAGUACAAACGUCUGACAGCAAUUCAUGCAGGGAAGGCCAAAUGUGACUUGGAGCAUGCACUCAUAGUAGAAGAGCUUAAGCAUCAAACAGUUCUUGCUACCAAACCAUCCCGAGAAGAUCUUGAUCUGAAGCAUCCCAGAGACAAAGAAAAUGCAUCUCCAGUGAGGAAAGAUUCAGUUGAAAUGAACUUUUUGGUCAAGGAGACUUCAGAAACUACAGUAGAAGAACAUGAAGCUGAUGAGAGGACAGUUAUGGAUCAAGAUAACAAAGACAGUGAUCCCUCAAACCAUCCAUCCUCUCAGCUAGGAGCACCUCAGUACAAGCGCAUGGUAGCGAUGCAUGCUGGGAAGGCAAAUCAUGACUUGAAGCAUGUUCAAAUACCCGAAGAGCUUAAGAAUGGGACUCCUCUUUCUCCCAUGCCGGCCAAAGAGUAUGUUGAGUCAAAGUACCAGAGAGACAGAGAAAGUGCAUCACCAGUGAGAAAAGAUUCAGUUGAAAAGGACCUUAUGGUCAAGAUUACUUCAGAAAUUAGAGCAAAACAUGAAACUCAUGAGAGGAGUGAUACUGAUCAAGAUGACCUAGGUAGAGAUCCCAACUGUCGGUCAUCCCAGCAAGGAGCACCUCAGUAUAAACGCAUGGUAGCAAUGCAUGCCGGGAAGGCUGAAUGUCGGUUGAGGCAUUCACCAACACCUCAAGAGAUUAAGAAUCACAGUGAUAGAGAAAGUGCAUCUUCUGUGAGGGAAGAUAUAGUUCCAGAGGACUUUCUGAUAAAGGAGAACUCAGAUAUCAUAGAAGAAGAACAUGAAACUGAUGAGAGGAGUGAUACUGAUCAAGACGAUGAAGAUAAUGAUACCUCCAGCAACCAAUCAUCCCAGCUAGAAGCACCUCAGUACAAGCGUCUGAUAGCAAUUCAUGCUGGGAAGGCAAAACAUGGGGUGAAGCGUGCACUAACAGAUAAAAUCGUUAAAUUCAAUCGUCUUAGUUUGGAUGAACAAGCACUUGAAAAAGCUGCAACAAAUUAUGGAAAGGAUUUGGUCAGGUUCACUCAAAGGAAUAUACUGAGGGUGUUUCCCAAGGGAACACGAGUUACCUCCUCAAAUUUUAAGCCUAUGACUGGCUGGAUGCAUGGAGCUCAAAUGGUUGCAUUUAACAUGCAGGGAUAUGGGAAAUCACUCUGGAUUAUGCAUGGGAUGUUUAGGUCUAAUGGAGGAUGUGGCUAUGUAAAAAAGCCCGUUUUUCUCAUGGAAAGAGGACCACGUAAUGAAGUAUUUGAUCCCAAAGUAACAUCGCCGGUGAAGAAAACUUUAUGGGUUAGAGUAUACUUGGGAGAUGGAUGGCGCAUGGAUUUCAGCCAUACGCACUUUGAUACCUUUUCUCCCCCAGACUUCUACACGAAGCUAUAUAUAAUAGGAGUGCCAGCAGAUGCUGCAAAGAGAAAGACGAGGAUAAUAGAGGACGAUUGGGGUCCCAUAUGGGGUGAAGAGUUCAAAUUCCCUUUGACAGUUCCAGAGCUGGCUUUGCUUCGGAUUGAAGUACGAGAAUAUGACAUGUCAGAUAAGGAUGAUUUUGGAGGACAGACAUGUUUGCCUGUCUCAGAGUUGAGACCUGGCAUCCGAGCAGUCCCUUUAUAUGACAAGAAGGGGGAAAAACUUAAAUCUGUAAGGUUGCUUAUGCAAUUUCAAUUUAUUUGAUGUGCAAAAUUUUUUGUUCUUUUUCUUGGUAGGAUUAUCUUUCGUGGAAACGAAAGCCCAAUUUGAUUUUUUCUUGUAUAUCUUUCAUGGUAUUCACACAUCCGGUUCCUUUUUAUUUUUUGUACAAUGGAUGUGAAGUUAGGGAUUGAGCAUGUGACAAUGUUUCUGAACUCUUUUGACAUCAAUGCGGACUUCAACUAUCCCAGUAA